UCGCACUCAAGACAAUUUUGUAUUAUAUUUUUGUACGACAUCGUUCCAGUGAUCGACUUGUGUGUGGACAAUACACUGAAUGCUUAAAGAAAAGUGUAGUAAUCUCAUAUGCUAAAUCGUUUUUCGUUAAGAGCGCAACGUUAUCAAACAUGCCAUUUUAUCACAUAAUUACAUUAAACCAUGUAGCUACGAUUCAGACAUUUUACAUUGUACAGCAAACAGUACUGACUGUAGUGGUGAUAGGAUGUACCAGAUAAAUAUUCUAAAAUACUUAUAUCGAGCCCAAUACUAUCUCAGCUUGAGCGAUCUAUUCCAUCAAAAGUGAACAGUUGUUGAAAAAACAUGUCUUUACCUCCCUAUAUAUUGGGCCCAAACCCUUGGGCACAAAUGAUGGCCCAGCAACAAGCACAAGCACAGUUAGCAGCUGCUCAGGCUCAUGCUCAGGCAGCUGCUCAAGCCCAAGCAGCUCAUCAUGCUCAUAUGCAGGCGAUGCAGCAAGGGCAAGUAGCAGCUGCAGCAGUAGUGGCUGCAGCAGCAACAGCAGGACUUCCUUUGCUACAACCACUGCCAAAACAGCCUGAAGUUAUUUCUGAAGACAAACUGCAGGAAAAAGCUCUACAGUGGCAACAACUACAGUUAAAACGUUUUGCUGAAAAACGGAAGUUUGGUUUCGUCGAUGCUCAGAAAGAAGACAUGCCUCCCGAGCAUAUUCGUAAAAUUAUUAGAGAUCACGGUGAUAUGAGUAGUCGUAAAUAUAGACAUGACAAACGUGUCUACUUAGGAGCUCUCAAAUAUAUGCCGCAUGCCGUGAUGAAAUUAUUAGAGAAUAUGCCUAUGCCAUGGGAACAGAUAAGAGACGUUAAAGUUUUAUAUCAUAUAACAGGAGCAAUAACUUUUGUUAAUGAGAUACCAUGGGUUGUUGAACCUGUUUACAUUGCACAAUGGGGCACCAUGUGGGUUAUGAUGAGGCGAGAAAAACGUGACCGUAGACAUUUUAAAAGGAUGAGAUUCCCACCAUUUGAUGAUGAAGAACCUCCACUAGAUUAUGCAGAUAACGUUUUGGAUGUUGAACCGUUAGAAGCUAUUCAAAUUGAGUUAGAUCCAGAAGAAGAUCAAUCUGUAGUCGAUUGGUUCUAUGAGCACAAACCUCUUGUUGGCAAAGGGUAUGUCAAUGGAUCAACGUACAGAAAAUGGAACUUAUCUUUACCUAUGAUGGCUACUCUAUAUCGCCUGGCUAAUCCUCUAUUAACAGAUCUGGUUGAUCAAAACUAUUUCUACCUUUUUGAUCCAAAAUCAUUUUUUACUGCAAAAGCUUUGAAUAUGGCAAUACCAGGAGGACCGAAAUUUGAGCCUCUUGUCAAGGAUUCUAACGCUGCUGAUGAAGAUUGGAAUGAAUUUAAUGAUAUCAAUAAAAUCAUCAUCAGACAACCCAUUCGAACUGAGUACAGGAUCGCUUUUCCUUAUCUAUACAACAAUAUGCCGCAUCACGUCCAUUUAUCUUGGUAUCACGCCCCGAAUGUGGUUUACAUCAAAACUGAAGAUCCAGAUUUACCUGCAUUCUAUUUUGACCCUCUCAUCAAUCCUAUUUCUCAUCGCAAUUCUCUUAAGACCGUUGAGCCAAUUAUCGAAGAUGAUGAAGAUUUUGUCUUGCCUGAGGAGGUGCAGCCAUUUUUGCAGGAAACACCACUUUAUACAGAUAACACGGCUAACGGGAUAGCUCUGUUGUGGGCACCACGUCCGUUCAAUACACGUUCUGGCCGAACAAGACGGGCCAUCGACAUACCGCUCGUCAAGUCCUGGUACCGAGAGCACUGUCCGCCUGGUCAGCCUGUCAAGGUGCGUGUCAGCUAUCAAAAACUGCUAAAAUAUUUUGUGCUCAACGCCCUCAAGCAUCGACACCCGAAGCCACAGAAAAAGCGCUAUCUUUUCCGCUCCUUCAAGUCCACCAAGUUCUUCCAGACAACGACGCUUGACUGGGUCGAAGCCGGCCUCCAAGUCUGCCGACAAGGGUAUAACAUGCUGAACCUGCUUAUUCACCGCAAGAACCUUAAUUACCUUCACCUUGAUUACAAUUUUAAUUUGAAGCCAAGCAAAACCCUCACAACCAAGGAAAGAAAAAAGUCACGCUUCGGAAAUGCAUUCCAUUUGUGUCGUGAAAUAUUAAGGCUUACAAAAUUAAUCAUCGACUCGCAUGUUCAAUAUCGCUUGAAUAAUGUUGAUGCGUUCCAACUUGCCGACGGUUUGCAAUACAUAUUUGCCCACGUUGGGCAGUUAACUGGAAUGUACAGAUACAAAUACAAGUUAAUGAGACAAAUUAGAAUGUGCAAAGACUUAAAGCACUUAAUAUAUUAUCGGUUUAAUACUGGUCCAGUUGGCAAAGGUCCUGGAUGCGGUUUUUGGGCACCUGGCUGGCGAGUGUGGCUCUUUUUUAUGCGUGGUAUUACACCACUGCUUGAAAGAUGGCUAGGUAACUUGCUGUCGAGACAGUUUGAAGGGCGACAUUCAAAGGGCGUGGCCAAAACUGUUACCAAGCAAAGAGUUGAGUCGCAUUUUGAUCUUGAAUUGAGAGCAUCUGUUAUGCACGAUAUCGUUGAUAUGAUGCCUGAAGGUAUAAAGCAAAACAAGGCCAGAACAAUUUUGCAACACUUAAGUGAAGCGUGGAGAUGCUGGAAAGCUAAUAUCCCAUGGAAGGUUCCAGGACUACCCAUUCCUAUUGAAAACAUGAUUCUUCGUUACGUUAAAAUGAAAGCUGACUGGUGGACUAAUACAGCGCAUUACAAUCGUGAGCGUAUUCGACGAGGUGCAACUGUCGACAAAACUGUAUGUAAAAAGAAUUUAGGACGUUUAACUCGUCUUUAUCUGAAGGCAGAGCAAGAACGCCAGCACAAUUACCUGAAGGAUGGGCCUUACAUUUCACCAGAGGAAGCAGUUGCUAUUUACACUACAACUGUACAUUGGUUAGAAUCUCGAAGAUUCGCUCCAAUUCCAUUUCCUCCUUUAUCUUACAAGCACGAUACCAAAUUGCUGAUUUUAGCUUUAGAAAGGUUGAAAGAAGCCUACAGUGUCAAGUCCAGGUUAAAUCAAAGUCAACGAGAGGAACUUGGAUUGAUUGAACAGGCUUAUGACAAUCCACAUGAAGCUUUGUCAAGAAUCAAACGUCACCUUCUUACGCAAAGAACUUUUAAAGAGGUUGGCAUUGAAUUUAUGGAUCUGUACAGUCAUCUUAUUCCAGUGUACGAAGUUGAACCUCUCGAAAAAAUCACAGACGCCUAUUUGGAUCAGUAUUUAUGGUACGAGGCAGACAAACGUAGACUUUUUCCGCCAUGGGUCAAGCCAGCUGAUACCGAACCACCACCAUUGUUGGUAUACAAAUGGUGUCAGGGCAUUAAUAAUCUUCAUGAUGUUUGGGAUGUGAGUGAAGGAGAAUGCAAUGUUUUGCUUGAAUCAAAGUUUGAAAAACUGUACGAGAAAAUUGAUUUGACUCUGCUCAAUCGUUUGCUACGCUUGAUUGUUGACCAUAAUAUUGCUGACUACAUGACAGCUAAGAACAACAUUGUAAUCAACUAUAAAGAUAUGAACCACAUUAAUAGUUACGGCAUCAUUCGAGGACUCCAGUUUUCGUCUUUUAUAGCUCAAUAUUAUGGACUCGUGCUGGAUCUACUCGUUCUUGGCUUGCAACGAGCCAGUGAAAUGGCUGGUCCACCCCAAAUGCCUAACGAUUUUCUUAGCUUCCAGGAUAAAGCAACGGAAACAGCCCAUCCCAUUCGUUUAUACUGUCGUUACGUCGACCGCAUCCACUUGUUUCUUCGCUUCACUGCAGAUGAGGCGCGCGAUCUAAUCCAGCGAUACCUGACGGAGCACCCAGAUCCGAACAAUGAAAACAUUGUCGGUUACAACAACAAAAAAUGCUGGCCACGUGACGCGCGAAUGCGACUUAUGAAGCACGAUGUAAAUCUCGGACGUGCUGUUUUUUGGGAUAUCAAAAACCGUUUGCCUAGAUCUACAACAACCGUUCAAUGGGAAAAUAGCUUUGUGAGCGUAUAUAGUAAGGAUAACCCAAACUUACUUUUCAACAUGAGCGGCUUUGAGUGCCGUAUUCUACCUAAGUGCCGCAUGACUCACGAGGAGUUUACGCAUAAGGAUGGUGUCUGGAACUUGCAAAAUGAAAAAACAAAGGAGCGCACGGCUCAGUGCUUUUUACGCGUCGAUGACGAAAGUCUACAGCGCUUCCAUAAUCGCGUCAGGCAGAUCCUUAUGGCUUCUGGCUCAACCACCUUUACCAAGAUUGUAAACAAAUGGAAUACAGCCCUGAUUGGUUUGAUGACAUACUUUCGUGAGGCAGUAGUCAACACUCAAGAACUUUUAGACUUGUUAGUCAAGUGCGAGAACAAGAUUCAAACUCGCAUUAAGAUUGGUCUCAACUCAAAAAUGCCCUCGAGGUUCCCCCCGGUCGUGUUCUAUACUCCCAAAGAGCUGGGAGGUCUGGGCAUGCUAUCCAUGGGUCACGUGCUUAUCCCACAGUCCGACCUCAGGUGGUCCAAGCAGACUGACGUCGGUAUUACUCACUUCCGAUCGGGAAUGAGCCAUGAUGAGGAUCAGCUCAUUCCUAACCUAUACAGAUACAUUCAGCCUUGGGAAUCUGAGUUCAUCGAUUCACAAAGAGUGUGGGCAGAAUAUGCCCUGAAAAGACAAGAGGCAAAUGCUCAGAACCGCAGGUUGACUCUAGAAGAUCUCGAAGAUAGCUGGGAUCGUGGUAUUCCAAGGAUCAAUACACUUUUUCAAAAAGAUAGACAUACGUUGGCUUACGAUAAAGGCUGGCGCAUUAGAACUGAAUUCAAACAGUAUCAGGUCCUUAAGCAAAAUCCAUUUUGGUGGACUCACCAGCGUCACGAUGGUAAACUUUGGAACUUAAAUAAUUAUAGAACUGAUAUGAUCCAAGCUCUUGGUGGAGUAGAGGGUAUUUUGGAACACACAUUAUUUAAAGGAACAUAUUUUCCAACCUGGGAAGGUUUAUUUUGGGAGAAAGCUUCAGGAUUCGAAGAGUCCAUGAAGUACAAGAAACUUACAAAUGCUCAGCGAUCUGGUUUAAAUCAAAUUCCAAACCGUCGCUUUACACUGUGGUGGUCUCCAACAAUUAACAGAGCCAAUGUUUACGUUGGUUUCCAGGUACAACUGGAUCUAACCGGAAUUUUUAUGCAUGGCAAAAUUCCAACACUGAAGAUUUCUUUAAUUCAAAUUUUUCGUGCUCAUUUAUGGCAAAAGGUUCACGAAUCGAUUGUUAUGGAUCUUUGUCAAGUGUUUGAUCAAGAACUUGAUGCUCUUGAAAUAGAAACCGUACAAAAGGAAACUAUCCAUCCUCGGAAGUCUUACAAAAUGAAUUCCUCGUGCGCUGACAUUCUUCUAUUCUCUGCGUAUAAAUGGAACGUGUCAAGACCUUCUCUUCUUGCUGACUCAAAAGAUGUCAUGGAUAAUACAACAACCCAGAAAUACUGGAUAGAUGUGCAGCUACGAUGGGGAGAUUACGAUUCUCACGACAUUGAGCGAUAUGCCCGUGCCAAGUUUUUGGACUACACUACCGAUAACAUGUCAAUUUAUCCGUCCCCUACUGGACUGCUAAUAGCUAUCGAUUUAGCAUACAACCUUCACAGCGCUUAUGGUAAUUGGUUCCCAGGCUGUAAACCUUUGAUUCAGCAAGCCAUGGCUAAGAUUAUGAAAGCAAAUCCUGCGCUUUACGUACUUCGAGAACGUAUCAGAAAAGCCUUGCAACUCUAUUCUUCAGAACCAACCGAACCUUACCUGUCAUCACAGAAUUAUGGAGAGUUAUUCUGCAAUCAAAUAAUUUGGUUCGUCGAUGAUACUAACGUUUAUCGUGUCACGAUUCAUAAGACCUUUGAAGGUAAUUUAACAACAAAGCCCAUUAAUGGUGCAAUUUUCAUCUUUAAUCCUCGCACUGGCCAGUUAUUUUUGAAAAUUAUUCAUACAUCUGUAUGGGCUGGUCAAAAACGCUUGGGCCAAUUAGCCAAGUGGAAAACUGCUGAAGAAGUAGCCGCGUUGAUUCGAUCCUUGCCCGUGGAAGAACAGCCAAAACAAAUUAUCGUGACAAGAAAAGGUAUGCUAGAUCCUCUCGAGGUACACUUGCUUGAUUUUCCAAACAUCGUUAUCAAAGGGUCGGAGCUGCAGCUACCCUUUCAGGCUUGUCUGAAGGUUGAAAAAUUCGGUGACUUGAUUUUAAAGGCCACUGAGCCUCAAAUGGUAUUGUUUAAUCUUUAUGAUGACUGGCUCAAAACGAUCUCGUCUUAUACAGCGUUUUCGCGCCUGAUCCUCAUUCUUCGAGCCUUGCACGUCAACACUGAAAGAACGAAAGUUGUCUUGAAACCUGACAAGACAACCAUAACAGAACCACAUCACAUUUGGCCCUCUUUGACUGACGAAGAAUGGGUCAAAGUUGAAGUACAGCUUAAAGACCUCAUUCUAGCUGACUAUGGCAAGAAAAACAACGUAAAUGUGGCAUCUCUCACGCAGUCUGAGAUUCGUGAUAUAAUCCUUGGUAUGGAGAUUAGUGCCCCAUCGGCUCAACGACAGCAGAUCGCUGAAAUCGAAAAGCAGACAAAAGAGCAGUCACAGCUGACUGCUACAACUACCAGGACAGUUAACAAACACGGCGACGAAAUCAUAACAGCUACAAUGUCAAACUACGAGACGCAGUCAUUUAGUUCCAAGACCGAAUGGCGUAUUCGAGCAAUUUCUGCUACGAAUUUGCAUUUGAGAACGAAUCAUAUUUACGUAUCAUCAGAUGAUAUUAAAGAGACUGGUUACACGUACAUUUUACCAAAGAAUGUUCUCAAAAAGUUUGUUACCAUCUCAGAUUUACGUGCUCAGAUUGCUGGAUAUUUAUAUGGUGCCAGUCCUCCAGAUAAUCCGCAAGUCAAAGAAAUCAGAUGUAUCGUGAUGCCUCCUCAAUGGGGUACUCAUCAAACAGUUCAUUUACCGAAUAUGCUGCCGGUUCAUCAAUACCUUAAAGAAAUGGAACCCUUAGGAUGGAUUCAUACACAGCCAAAUGAACUUCCACAACUCUCACCUCAAGACAUCUCAACUCAUGCAAGAAUUAUGGCGGAUAAUAUAUCAUGGGAUGGAGAAAAAACAGUUGUUAUAACGUGCAGUUUUACUCCUGGUUCUUGCUCUCUAACUGCUUACAAACUUACACCUAGUGGAUUUGAGUGGGGAAAACAAAAUACAGAUAAAGGAAAUAAUCCAAAAGGAUAUCUUCCAAGCCACUACGAGAAAGUUCAAAUGCUAUUGUCUGAUCGAUUUCUUGGAUUCUUUAUGGUACCAAAUCAAGGCUCCUGGAAUUACAAUUUUAUGGGUGUGAGACAUGAUCCUAAUAUGAAAUACGAGCUUCAGCUCAUGAACCCAAAAGAAUUUUACCACGAAGUACAUCGUCCUGCUCACUUCUUAAACUUUGCAAGUUUAGAAGAUGGUGAUGGAGCAGGUGCAGAUAGAGAAGACAUGUACGCGUAAAGUUAAGAAAAUUUAUUUCAAAUUGUAAGCAUAAACAGUUUUUCUUACCAUUAUAAAUGUAAAAAAAGUUGAUUUUUUUUUAUAAAUACACGUUUACUUUUAGCGAUCCUA